AUGAUUGAGAAAUUUGGCAAUUUUUUACGGGCUUUACCCACAAAGGGAGAGCUUUAUCAGCCCGAAUUGUUCUUAAACUUCCGGGCUUUAACUUUGGAAAUCAAUCUAGGAUGCACCUACGAUUAUGUGGCCAUUUAUGAUGGCCCCUGUACCGAUUCUUUACUCAUCGCAAAGAUUUGCGGUAACGAUCCAAUUACAUACGAAGAGCCGACUGGCCUCUACAUUCUUAUACACUUUCAUACUGAUGGUUCCGUUGUCAGAAAUGGCUGGAAAUUGACCUAUUAUAUAGGGACGUUCCGUGACCCGGAUGCAGACGAAUCAACAGACGAUACGAGCGCUGGCGUUCCAGAUUUUGUUUAUCCAGUUAUUGUAAUAGCUGUAAUUGUAAUUGUAGCAAUUAUCAUCACCGCUAUUAUUUACUAUCAAAGUAGAAACAGUCGUGUAGGCGUUGGGGAAGGUAAACCGAAAACAAAACGACGAACAGUUUCCAAUCUAAUGUCAGAGAUUACAACUCAUUUGACUGUGCCGAAGAAUAAACAUACGGGUGAUCGUACGCUAUUUAUAUCUGAUGGCUCAGUUCAGAAGAAAACUACAAUAACUGUCAUACAAAGGAACCCGGCUCCGGCGCCCCUGCCGCCCCCGCCGAAGUCAUUGCCGCCACUCCUUCAUGAUCCUGUGUACCCGCCCAUGAAUUACCAGAAUUCUGGUUCACAAAUGCCGGUACAGAAUAUAAUCCCGGUUAUACCGGAAGGUGAAAGUUUUCAGCCAAGUGCUCCGCUUCCUCCUGUAACAUCCGGUUCUUCUAUGAUACCGGCACCAUAUGAUUAUAUGACACCCGCAGAAGCAAGAAAAGCGGGCUUUUACACGUGAUCAAAUAUUAUCCCUAAUUUUAAAAGAUUGAAAGGAACCUCUAGGUUUUUAUUGAAAUUUUUCCACAGUAUGUCCAAUUCAAUGAAUUUUUUUUAAUGAAAUGUCGUUUCACUGGAACACGAUGUUGAUUUAAAGCGACUAAUAUUUUUAUUUUUGAUCUUUUUGUACUAACUGUGAUAACAUUAACAAUAUAAUUAAGUUUAUUUACAGUAGAAGUGAUCAAAGAUCAAAAUAAUGUGAUUAUUGCUUACAUGGUCAUAUUUAGUACCGGGUAGGUAUUUCUCGUAAUACAUGCACAUUAAUUUAAGAUGUUUUUUUUUGUGCUGUAUUAAUUUUACUUUUCUAUAAGCUUCUAGACACAAACUCAAUGUCAUUUAAUUUUUAUAAUUAACAAUGAAACUAUACUGAGUUGCAAAAAAUGUGCACUUGGUUUCGUGGACAUUUUGUAUACUUAUUUACGCAAAAAAAUGGCAUAUAUGGUAUCAAAAUUUACAGAAAUGUGUUGACUGCACGAUGGUUGACGUUUGUUUGAAAUUUAAU